UUUAAACUAAAAUGGCUCACUGGUUUCAUCGUAAUUCACUAAAAGCGACCACAAAUCAUAAAUUUGAAUUAAAAAUACCACAUCCGACAGACGCGACGAAAAAACUUCUGAGUGAUUUGAAGAUAUCACGAGCUCGUCUUUUGGACCUGAUUCGAAAUGCGAACAAUACAAGUGACACAAUUGAUCCAGCAUUUCUGUCUUAUUUGUCAUUGUUAUAUGGUUUUAUGUGGGAAGUGGAAAAAGCGGAUGAAGAAGGCCAACAAUUCGGAAGGCCAAAUCCCAGUAAAUUACGAAGUGUCUUUGGAUUUAAAUGGACCCACACAUUACUGGGAUCAACUACACGUACGAGUGCAGAUUCAAUUUAUGAAGCUGCCAACAUGAGUAUGAAUAUUGGCCUUUGGUUCAUGAAACAUGCAGCGAUGAUUGCCGCAAAAGACGAUAUUUCUAUGGACGAAGCCAAAGAUGUGCACACGAUGCUGAGACGUGCUGCUGGAAUUUUUACCUUCGUGCAAACAGAAUUUUUGCCACAAUUGUUGAAUCCACCGAUAUUAGGUAGCGAUUUGGACCCAAGGGUUAUCAACGCUUACAUAAAUCAAUGCACUGCAGAAGCACAAGAAGUUACGGUUGCCAGAGCAAUCGAAUUAAAACACAAUCCGAGCUUGAUAUCUGCUUUGGCAAACGAGACGAGUAAAUUAUUUCUCGACGCCGCCAAUACUCUGCGACCUUUUAAACCUGAAAUCUCCAUGCAGUGGAUCAAGUACUUGGAGCUGAAAGCAGCCUUUUAUCAAUCUUAUGCUUACAACUACUGUGGAAUAAAUCUACUGAGUAUGGAUAAAUGCGGCGAGGCGAUAAAAGCGCUACAGGAGAGUGAAAGUUGCUUGAAUAAAGCAAAAGCACUUUGUCAAGUGUACGCAAAAACAAACGGACCUGCAUCGCGCGUUAAAGUGGAUCAGCACGCUGUUUUCAAAAGAUUGGCGCCGUCUGUCAAACUUGCACUGGACAAGGGCAAUCGAGAAAACGGUUUAAUAUAUCAUCACACGAUUCCAGGAGAGGUACCAGCACUGGAUACUAAAGCGACAUUUGGUUUAGUAAGUCCUAUCGACUUUCAAAUGCCCACGCCUAACUCUCUCUGGAAUUUGGGCACCUAUCCCUCUUUAGUUGGAGUAUCACCUGCAAAAACUAGCAGUGAACGAGAUUUGCCUCCAGUAAAAGAAGAAGCAGUUCAUCAAACGAGUAAGGAACCAAAAAAUGAAAGCGGCUGUACUUUACAGUAAAUACGCUAUCAUGCAAAAAGCUAUUUGCACUGUUUUAUAUUUAUUUAAAAUUAUUUUAUAUACUCGAGAAUAUCCUUUUUGAUGUUUAAAACAACAAGUUUUUUCAAUACGAUCCAAAGAUACCAUGAUACUAUAUCUGCAUUAGAAAUGCAUGCAAUUCAAAAUUUACGAAAUUACCAAUCGUCACUUCCUUCAAAAAUGCGCAGUAUUACUUGACCUAGUCAAUAUUUCGAUGAUGAUUUAAAAUCAAAAUUAUAUUCGUAUAUAGAUUAGGAAAGACGAAAUUGCGUUUUUAGAAAAAAUAUUUACGUCUGUUGACGAAACGUUAAAAACGUUAUGCUAUACCAGUAUACAAAGUUUGUGAUAUUCACAUUAACUUGAAGCACUCUAAACUUUAAAAAAUUUAACAUUAUCAUAUACAUUGUGUGCGAGGGUAUUUUAUAAAAAUUUCAAAUCGACAAAGAAAGACUGAAGUCUUCAAAUUCGUACAAAAGAUGUCGAUGGCUCUCGAUCCAUUUUAUAGUUUGAGAGCUCUGGACAAAUUAGAUAUUAUGAGAGAUUUUAUGGAUUUUCUGAUGACAUAAAAAAGGACUAGAACACCGACAUCGAGUAUGCUUUCUGCUAUAUUGAUACGUUUACGAUUAUUUAUGUUUGUCAGCUUAGUAAGCUUUAAAUUAAUAUGUUCAUAUUAUUUUAAAUCGUAUUUGUGAAGCAUAUACAAAAUGUAUAAAUGAAAAGUACAUCGGAAUUCUUAUUAUUCAUUGAGGAUCCGGAUUCUAUAAACAUCCGCACAUGUUUCUCACUGAGGGGCGUUGGCCUCCGAACACUUUUCAAACAAGUUUCGAGUUUUAAUUUUAAAGCUAUAUAUUCUUAUAAUAAAUUUAAUGAUGCAUCUUUUUUUCUUUGAAUAAGAAAGUUGUAGCUGUUGCCAUUUUGAAAAUAAACCCGACACCCGCUUUUUACACUUACAGACAUUAUUUAUUUAAACAAAUCCCUAUGUUUAUCAUUCUUUGAUGAAUAGAUUCAAUGGUUUUUACGGAAUCGACUAAAUAUGUCUUCAGUGAAUUCAUGCUUUUAUAUUUUUCAAAUUAACAAUAGCUGUUAGUUAUUCAAACCAUUUCUGUAAACAAAUGCACAUUUCGAUUUUUUUUCUAUGAAUAUACUUUUUUAACGAGAUUUAUGCAAUGAUUUAUGCAAUGGCUAAGGUAAAAGUGUAUAACUCUUACUUGAAAAAAUGUGCAUAUGUUAUUUAUUCUAACAUUCAUAGAACAACAUAAAGAAUAUUUUCUGUAAAUUUCAUUUAAAAAUUGAAAGAACUGCCUGAAUUAUGUUCAGUUGAAAUAAAACAAGACAAAUUAAAAUUGGCGUUCUAAAAAAGUAGGUUUUUGGCUUUAUUUACUAGUAAGAACAUAUACUUUUAAAAUUAAAUUCGAAACUUGUUUGAAAAGUUUCAAAAGGACAAAGACGUUCAGCGAAAAAAAUUAAUUCUCGGUUAUAGAAUUGGGCCCCUCAAUUAACGUCAGGCAAUAUUGAUAACAUUCUGUAAAAUUAUUGAUAUGUGUAACGUGUAUCAGAGAAUGUGCUUUUAUAUUAUUUGCAGUGUUUGACAGUAACGCGUUACCCGGAACGUCCCAUUUUUUAGUAACAGCAACGAGUUACUUUUUUUUAUAAAGUUAGCCUUAACGCUUUACUAUUUUUGAGUAACUUUAUUGUAAUAGGCAGUCUG